AAAAUGAGGGCUGACGCGUCGCUUUUAAGCUCAGUGGGUGCCGUGACUUGCUUUACUAAAUUCCCCACAUUUUCACUCUUCAACCUAAAAUCAUACACCAUUUGUACUUACAACAUACAUGUGUGUAUCUGUGUGUAAUUAUAUAUAUAUAUAUAUAUAUAUAUAUAUAUAUACAGAGUACACUCAUAUAAUUAUAAUAGUCGUUUAGAUUAUACAAUCGAUUAUGUUUAGAUCAUUCAGAUUUGUUUCCUUUAUAUGUAGUCGAGCGUAAUCAGUAUGUCCCCAAAGCUCGAAUUUUAUGCAGAUAAUCGGAAGCAGUCAAUGCCGUUGGAUCUAAUCUUCUGUUGCCCUCGAAGUUCGAUUCUGAUUUCAACGGAUAGUCAAUAAUUACAAUCGCAAUUUCAGGCAAUUUCUCUAGAUGAACGAUGAAAAACAGGAUAGAGAAUGACGUCCUAUGCAAAUUGCACGCAGUUUAGUUGUAUUCAUCUCGAGAAAGACAGUAAAACAAGAUGAUUUCUGAAAAAUUGAUGGGAGAAACAUCGUUUCAUCAGGAUUUUGAGUCUUUGAGCGUGUCAAAACGUCUUGUCAGAAGUGUUAGCCAGAAGUUGAAAAAGAAGAUUCAUAGAAAUGAAGCUGAGGAAGAGGAUCAUAGAAGGGGGGUUUCCUUGAGUUGUCUCACUCUUUAUGGUAGGGGUGGUGGUUGCAAAGUAGGCGCUGACACAAGUGAAGAGUUUGGGGAUUCAGGCGGUAGAAGAUGGUCAAGCGCCAGUGAAGAAGGAAAAGGAUACACAAAUAUAUGUGGGACUGAGGAAACUGCUGUGGAUUGCUUCUCAUAUGGCAUGAAGGAGAGGUUCUGGAAGAGGAAUAACAAAAAGGGCCUAGAGAUUGAAGAAUCACCACAAAACAGUAGAAUGCACGUGUUUCUUCCAGAUGACAUUCUGGAAAUGUGCUUGGUAAGACUCCCGCUAACUAGUCUCAUGAAUGCUCGCCUUGUGUGCAAGAAAUGGAGAAACUUGACUACAACUUCUCAGUUCAUGCGGAUGAGACGGCAAGGUUUGUAUCAGAGUCCAUGGUUGUUUUUGUUUGGUAUUGUUAAAGAUGGCUAUUGCCCUGGAGAGAUACAUGCACUGGAUGUCUCUCUUAACCAAUGGCAUCGAAUAGAUGCUGAAGUUCUCAAGGGAAGGUUCUUGUUCUCUGUUGCCAGUUUCCAGUACGAUGUUUAUGUAGUUGGAGGUUGUUCUAGUUUGACAAACUUUGGGAAGGUGGACAGGAGCUCGUUUAAGACACAUAAAGGUGUAUUGAUCUUUAGCCCCUUGACUAAAUCGUGGCGUAAAGUUGCAUCCAUGAAGUAUGCAAGAUCAACACCCAUUUUAGGAAUUUCUGAGGUCAGUUCGGAAUGUUUUAUUGCCCGAAAUCAGCAAAAUAGGCAAGAGAGACGCUUCCCCCGAUCACGAGUUGGUGGGGUGUCAGAUGUUUAUGAGGAUCCUCACAGGCUUUCUGUAAGACGUCAAUUCAGAAAUUCUCAUGAUGAAAAUGAGAUUUCGUUGUUGGCCAAUGUAAAGACUUCCAAGUUUGUCAAACAAAAAAGUGACCGCUCAAAUACAAAAGAUUGUAAAAGGUUUGCGCUCAUUGCUGUAGGGGGUCUUGGACCCUGGGAUGAGCCUUUGGAUUCUGGGGAAAUUUAUGAUUCUUUAUCAAAUAAAUGGGUGGAAAUCCAGAGGUUGCCUGCGGACUUUGGAGUUGUUUGUUCUGGGGUUGUUUGUAAUGGGAUGUUUUAUGUUUAUUCUGAAAUGGACAAGAUUGCAGGGUAUGACAUAGAAAGGGGCUACUGGGUUGGAAUCCAAACCGCUCCGUCCCCACCCCGUGUUCAUGAGUACUACCCAAAACUCAUAUCUUGUGAUGGCCGGCUGUUCAUGCUUUCUGUCUCCUGGUGUGAAGGGGAUGGUCAAAUAGGCAGGAGAAACAAAGCUGUUAGAAAGCUUUGGGAGCUAAAUCUCAUGUAUCUAACUUGGACUGAAGUUUCAAUACAUCCGGAUGCCCCAAUGGAUUGGAAUGCUGCAUUUGUGGCUGAUAGAAACCUGAUAUUCGGGGUUGAAAUGUUCAAAAUAUUUGGGCAGGUUUUAGACUUCAUGACUGUGUGUGAUGUGUCUGAUGCAACACCUAACUGGCGUCAUAUUUCGAGGAAUCACGCGGCUCAUGAACUGGAUGCUUCUUCGUGCAUGACAAAAUCAAUUGCAGUGGUACGUAUGUAAUGUCAUUUCCACACCGUGUACCUUGUGCAGAAAAGUUUGGGCAACUAUCUGCUCUCGUCUAGAGAUUUUGACUCUGCUUUGCGACAUGUUAUAUUCCUUCUCAAUUGAAUUCUUUGGUUAAUGAACUUGUAUUAUGGCGACUACAUGUGGCAUCUAUUUCUUGUUCAGAUUCUUAUUUAAGGUAUGCUUGCUAGGUCUCCUUGUAAUUUGUUCACAAUUAUUGAAAGAAAUUGACUCUGUAUUUAUCAUGGCAA